CAUCAUCAGAAGGUCCAGCCUGCUGUCACCAAGCUCACAGCCCUCUGGUUUUUUUCUUUUUUUCUUUUCUUUUUUCUCCUUCAUUUCAGUCCAUUCCUUUUUGCUUUUUCUCGUCUUCUCUCGCUCAUUCCGCCUCCAGCUGCUGAAUCGCGGCAAGAUGUCCUCUACCCCGGAGCUGUCGUCCUUCCUCUUCACCACCCUGCCCCCGUUCCCGACCGCCACUCCAGUAGUCCCGACUGCGGAGGCCAAUGUCACCUCCUGCCAGGAGUGGGAGCAGGCCCACCACUUCCUCUUCCACCUGGGCAACCUGUCCCUGCUGCUGGGGGUGGUCAUCCCCACCACGCUGGGCAUGCACAUGAUCCUACUGCGCCUCCUCCUGAUGACAGGUUGCGGCCUCUUCAUUGCGUGGGCGACCCUGUACAGGUGUAACCUUGACGUGAUGGUGUGGAACGUGGUGUUUCUGGUGGUCAACUUCAUGCACUUGUUUUUCCUGCUGUACAAGCGUCGGCCGAUUAAGAUCGACAGGGAGCUGAGGUCGGUCUAUAAGCGGAUGUUUGAGCCCCUCCAUGUGCGAGAGGCUCUGUUCCAGCGGCUCACGGGUCAGUUCUGCACCAUCCAGACGCUGAAGAAAGGCCAGGUCUACGCCGCCGAGGACAAGACCUCCGUGGACGAACGCCUCAGCAUUCUCCUCAAAGGAAAAAUGAAGGUGUCAUACCGAGGCCAUUUCCUCCAUAACAUCUACACCAACUCAUUCAUCGACUCUCCAGAGUUCAGGUCAACUGAGCUGCACAGAGGAGAGAAGUUCCAGGUGACCAUCAUGGCCGAGGAGAAUUGUAAGUUCUUGUGUUGGUCUCGAGAGAGGCUCACCUACUUCCUGGAAUCAGACACUUUCCUCAAUGAAGUGUUCAGGUACCUCAUCGGUAAAGACAUCACCAACAAGCUGUACUCUCUGAACGACCCCACGCUCAGUGACAAGGCGGUGAAGAAGAUGGACCGUCAGCCCAGCCUGUGUUCGCAGUUGUCUAUGAUGCAGAUGAGGAACAGCAUGGCGAGCACCAGUGACACCGACGACGUCCUGAACCAGAUCCUUCGAGGAGGGUCCGCCGGCUCCUCGCUCCAAAAAUCACCGAGCACCAAGACGUCCUCAAAGAUGAAACCCAUCGAAGAAGGUUUGGAGGACAACGUUUUCGAAGAUCCUUCUCCUUCCAAGCCACGCCGUCUGUCCAGUACUUCCACUGAGGAGGUGUAGCCAGCAGAAGGAAAAUACACAGUAUGAAUGUCUUUUUACCAACUGUACAACUACUUCAAAGUGACCAUUUUGCAUCCUGGAACAAUAACAAGUACAAAUCCUUUAGUCGUUUCUGCAUGAGGAUAACUUUCUUCUCUGUGUUGUGGUGUGUUGAUGUGUACUUUCAUUUGUUACAUUACAUUACAUAUUUCUAGACGUGCACAACUUUCACAAGACAACUUUUGUUAUACAGUCGUGGAAAAAAUUAUUAGACCAUCAAAAGUUGUCAAAAACAAUGGUUAUGCAAUCAAGUACUAACUCCUGUGUGUAUUAUGUGACUAAAACAGACAGAAAAGAAAACAU